AUGAAGGCGGCGACGAUGAUGACGCUGGUGCUGGUGGUGAUGGUGCAGAACGCAAGCGUGCAUGGCCGCUCGAGGCGAGGCACGGGUCAGCGAAGCAAAGACUCCACCAGUCUCGACUCGAAGCCGUUCCUGUGUCCCGGCGAUAAGCCGACAGCUAUAUGUGCCUAUCUUGGCGAGCCAGUCUCUGUCCAACUAGCCGUCAAGAUUGGAGCGCAGUAUCAAUGCUCGAACACGCCCAGGAAGUGCUGCUCAAACGCCCUCACAUUCGACGCAGGCAAGGCGACAGCCCCUGGCGUUGCCCCGAUCACCGGAGGCAAAAUUAGCGACGAUUGCACAGAGCCGGUUUGA